CAAAGCAUAACAAGGUGACACCAUUUUUCAUGUUAUUCUUGUUUGUAUGUAUCAUCGUUGUUCUUCCUUGCAGAUUCUCUGAUCAUCCAUCUUACUCUCUGAGCAAUUUCCAUGGCACCCAUUGACCCUCAUUCCUUCACUGAUUCAACUCACCCACUCACAACCCAUAUAUCCCUCACUUUUUACUUCGAUUUUCCAUCUUCCACCAUCUCCUCUGCUACUCUUCUCUCCUUUUCUACUCCUUACACUGGACCCCUCACUCUUGACUCUCGCUCACUCUCUGUCUCUUCUGUACUCGACCCUCUUUCCCUUUCCUCCUUACCUUUCUCCCUUUCUCCUACAGACCCAAUUCUUGGACAAUCACUCAACAUUUCGAUUUCUAAACAAACCCAUCAAAUCUUGAUUCUUUCCAAAACUAGUCCUUCAAGUUCAGCUCUUCAAUGGCUUUCGCCUACUCAAACUUUCAACAAGAAUCAUCCUUUUCUAUAUACCCAUUGUCAGCCCAUUUAUGCCCGUUCAAUUUUUCCUUGUCAGGAUACACCUGUUGCACGGGUUAAGUACACUGCGAAAUUGAACAUCCCGAGAGAGCUGUCGGCGGUUAUGGCUGCUAGACAUGUGGAGAGGCGGGACCCGAUUCCGUCUGAGGCGCAAGGGGUUUGUGAGGAUUCGGUUUGGUGUGGGGAUGAUAGGGUGGUGGAGGAAUUUGUGAUGGAACAGCCUAUACCUCCUUAUUUAUUUGCAUUUGCAAUUGGGGAGUUGGGGUUUAGGGAGGUGGGACCUAGGACUAGGGUGUAUGCUGAGGCGGUUCCUGAGGUAUUGGAUGCUGCUGCUACGGAGUUUGCUGGCACGGAAGAGAUUGUGAUGGUUGGGGAGAGGCUUUUUGGUCCUUAUGAAUGGGAAAGGUUUGAUCUUUUGGUGUUACCUCCGAGUUUUCCUCUUGGCGGAAUGGAGAAUCCGAGGCUUGUUUUCUUGACGCCCACUGUGAUUAAGGGGGAUGCCAGUGGAUCACAGGUGGUGGCGCAUGAGCUUGCUCAUGGCUGGACAGGGAAUUUGAUCACAAACAAAAACAACGAACACUUUUGGUUGAAUGAGGGUUUUACAACAUAUGCAGAGAGAAGAAUUGUUGAGGCCGUGCAAGGUGAGGACAUUGCUUCAUUAAAUAUCGGAAUUGGUUGGAUGGGGCUUGUUAAGGAUAUGGAGAGAUUUAAGGAUAACAUGGAGUUCACCAAGCUAAAGACAAGUCAGGCAGGUGUGGAUCCGGAUGACGUGUACUCCGUAGUUCCAUAUGAAAAAGGCUUCCAGUUUUUACAGCGUAUUGAGAGACAGAUUGGAAGACCUGCUUUUGAUGACUUUCUGAAGAAGUAUAUCGGUACCUUCAAAUUUCAGUCUAUUGACACUGAUAUGUUUCUCAAUUUCCUUAAAGCUAAUGUACCUGGAAUAGAGAAUGAGAUUGAUUUGAAACUUUGGACUGAGGGUACUGGGAUCCCUCCGGAUGCCAUGGAACCAGUUUCUAACCUUUACUCAAAGAUUGUUUCGCUUGCUAAUGAGUUCAAGCUAGGUAGGAUUCCAAGGGAGGAUGAAGUUGCUGACUGGAAGGGACAGGAAUGGGAACUUUACCUUGAGAACCUGCCCAAAUCUGUUGAAGCAUCUCAGGUAAGAUCUUUAGAUGCUCUCUAUCAUCUUUCAGAGUCGAAAAAUUAUGAGGUCAAGGUAGCUUUUCUUCAGCUGGCUAUUUCAGCAAGGUGCAGAGACUACUAUGGUGUAGUAGAAAGAACUCUGAAAGAAGUUGGGAGGAUAUUAUACCUUCGUCCGCUCUACACUGCACUCGUACAAGGUGAUAGGAAGGAAGAAGACAGAGCUUUCGCUAGAAGGGUAUUCUCGGAGGCCUGUGAUUCUUACCACCCCAUAGCUCAGGCUGUCGUUGAAGCUACUCUAGCAAAAAAUGUCUGAAGUUUGUGUAAAUCCAAAAAUUGCUAAUGUAAUGUUAAAGUUAGACACAAAAGUGAUUCUUGCCUAGAUAUGGUUGAGUUGAUCAUAUUGACACCUACUAGUCUAAGUUCAUCUUUGUGCAGAAGAAAAACUUGUACUCACAGAUUAUGCAUUAUCAGUAAGGAACCAAGUGAGUGCUGUUUGAAAUAUAAGGUGGGCCUUAACAAUAUCAUAGGACACAAUACAAAGAAGAGGGAGAGAGACAUUAAGUGAUGUUUGGUCUAAAAUGCAUUACAUUGUUGAUGGUUUACCCCUUUUCGGAUUGUAAUGUGCAUGCUCCUCAUCCCCAUAGGAAGCCAAUGUUUCCUCAUAACUGGGAGUCAGGUUAACCGCGUACUCAUUCUAACCAUUGUCCUUUGUUGCUUUCCCUAAACCCCCCUCCCAACAAAGUUUUUCGUUUUGAAUCCA